UCCGCUCCGCCGCGUGUUCGAGCCACGUGUUUGGCCAAGCCGCCGCGGUGCGUUCUCCCGUACGGUAACUCCCCAACUGAAAUCUAAAUUAUAGAAGUAAAACUCCGCAGUUUCCACCGGCCAUCCAACGCGAUCACCACGCAGGUAACAACUCCGGUUGUUGCGCGUCUCCCCUCGACAUGGGGGAGUUCUCCGUGCACCGGGUGCGUCUCUUUGACUGGGUGCCGAGCGCCGCGCGCUGUCUCGCCUACUGUGCCGUGACGGAGCGCAUCGCGGUGGGGCGAGCGGACGGCUCCAUCGAGAUCUACAAUGCCACGGAUAACUUCUACCUCGAAAGGGCGAUCCCGGGGGGCUCGGGGCGGGAGCCCGAGGCGCUAUGCUGGGCGGGCGCCGGGCGUUUGUUUGGCGCUGGGCUGGACGGCGCCAUCCUCGAGUUCGACCUCCAGAGGCUGCGCGUCCGCUCGCGCGUCGACGCCUUCGGCGGCCCAGUGUGGUGCAUGGCGCCCGACGCAAACGGGUCGCGUCUCGCCGUCGGGUGCGAAGAUGGAUCUGUGAAGAUAUUCACUGUGAACAUAGAAGGCAUCCAGUUUGAGAAAAAUCUUGAACUUCAGAAAGGUCGCGUCGUCUCCAUUGCGUGGCACCCGUCGGGCGCAAGGCUCGCCACCGGCUCCCUGGACAACAUCCGAGUCUUUGACGUCAACUCUGGUCGCUGCACGCAACGAAUGGUGGUGGGGCGGCGUAGCGGCAGCGUGGUGAACCAGGAGACGGUGGUGUGGGCCGUGGCGUUCCUGACGGACGGCACGGUGGCCGGCGCCGAGUCGUCGGGGCGGCUGCAGCUGUGGGAGGCCGAGCACGGCACCCUCGUGCGCGGCUUCACGCUCGGCCAGGCCGACAUCUUGUCCCUCGCCGUCGAGCAGGAUGAGACCAGCAUGUUCGUGGGCACGAGCGACGGGCGCGUGGCGCAGCUUCAGCUGGUGGAGUCGAGGGUCGACGCGGCCGCGUGGGUGCGGACCAAGACCUUCAAGUACCACACCCACGACGUGCGCGCGCUCGUGCUCAGCGGCAACGCUGUCAUCUCCGCCGGCCUGGACGCUCAGGUAGUCGUGCGUCCGCUCAUGGAGAGGAUGGACGGCCCGUCGUACGAGGCCGCGCUUCGCAGGAUCCUCUUCCCCCACCGACGCCUGGUGUCGUGCGCCAAGAAGGCCGGGCGACUCCUCUUCCAGUUCCCCCGGCAGCUGGAGCUGUGGUCGCUGGGCGACACCGACUCGUGCACCGCCCGGGGUCAGGACGGAGACGUCCUCCCCGUCACGAAGCAGCCCGUGAAGCUUCUGCAGCUCAAGUGCAAGGACGACGAGAACGUUGGGUGCAGCGCGGUGUCUCCGUGUGGCACGUGGCUGGCGUACGGCACGACGGAGCGCGUGCGAGUCUACAGGCUUCACGAGAGCGGAGGCGAGGGCCCAGUCAUCAGCAAGGUUGGGGGGCUGCCGUGCGCAGCGAGGGGGGCCCACCAGCUGGCGUUCUCGGCCGACUCGUCCCGCCUCCUCGUCGCAGGGGACACGGGCACCCUCCACGUGGUCGCCCUCGGCGCCAGGCGCCCCAAGCUCCUCCACUCAUUCACCCCGCCCAACGGCUCGGUGGAGCCGAUCCAGCUGCUGGCGGUGAGUGAGGACGGGGAGUGGGUGGCGACUGCCGCCUGCGACCGGGCCGUCCACGUCUACAGCCUGAGCAAGUUCCGACACCACUGCGCCCUGCCGAUGUACGGCUCCCAGCCGUGCGCCAUCGCCAUCGCGCCCGGCACCAACAACGUCGUCGCAGUGCACGCCGACCACCAGGUGUUUGAGUUUGGCGUGCGGGAGAAGCAGUACACGGAGUGGAGUCGCCGGCAGCGGAAAGCGGGGCUGCCCGCGAACUGGCAGCGGCGCGACACGCCCGUCACGCACAUCGCCUUCCACCCCGCGCGGGCCGAGCUGCUGUUGCUGCACGACGCGUACCGCCUCGUCGUCAUCAGCACGGAGGAGACGAUGGACUCGAUGAAAGAAUGCAAGAAGUACCAGCCACUGCUCUACCUGGACGUGCUGCACGGCGGAGACUCGCUGGUGGUGGUGGAACGACCUCUGACCUUCAUCCAGGCCCACCUUCCUUCCGCCGUGCGGCAAAAGAAGUUUGGAACCUAAACGAAAAGCACAACGAGCGGAGGGAAUGUCAACAGUCUCUGCAAGCUACGCGGAUUGGACGCUGCCAAAACCGCCCACGUACGACGAGACAAGCCGCUCUUUUAUAACGUUUUCCGCGCCGCCUCUGCCCUGCGGCACGUCGUAUCUGAUCUGCUGCUCACACGGAGAGAGAGCCCGCGAGUUGAGAUAACAAAAAAUAAGCACGUUUUCAAGUUGACGUGCGGCUCCCCACCUCCACUCCCCGGACUUACGCGUCUCGUUUUGAGACGCGUAACAAAUGACAAGCAGCAGCACAAUCGAGGCGGUCACAAUGCCGAUCGUUUUUCGCAUCAUAUCGAUAACGUUAAUCGAAUCGUCUGUAAUGUGUAAAUCGUCACGGGAGCGUUGAUGGGGCGUUCGGCCCCAUCACGCCUCGUCGCGGAGUGUCAAGAGUAGAGUCUAAUAUAAGCGCAACUCUUGUUGUACCUCCACAUAUAAAUAAAAUUAUGUUUUAGUCCAUCAGUCUAUCGGCUAUCCAGAUCAAUAUUAUCCAGCAGCAGCAUUUGUUUAAGCAACAAAACUCUCUAGACUGUUUUUUUUAUCUUCUGGGUCUGUAAUUUUUGGCAACCCAGAAGCAUUUGCUUAAGAAGCCUGGCUCUGCUGAUGCGAUCCAAGAGGUCAAAACCAGUACACAAUUUUCUUGCUUAAAUUACCUGAAAUAAGACCGAUGGACUCAAACUAAUUUGCUACGUGGAGACGCGAAAUGGCGUUCUUUGCUUUUACCAACAAAUUCCGCACAAUAUCGCGUCUCUGUGUCGUUGUGUGCGUGCGUAAGCACGCAACGACACAGAGACGCGUGCGAGGGCAGAGCGUUUUAUAAAUCCCGUGUCCCCCUCAUUCGUUUUGUCGUCCGGCUCGGUUAUUUUUUUUGUUUCGAGAAUUUGUCGGGAUUUGUACGUUGGAGAGGGGG